AUGGAGGGCUUGAAGGAGCGGUGGAUGGAUGGAUGGAUGGAUGCAUGGAUGCAUGGAUGCAUGGAUGGAUGGAUGGAUGGAUGGAGGGCUGGGGGGCUGGCUGGAUGGAGGGCUGGUGGCCAGGUGGAGGACGGCGGAGUGGAUGGAGGGCUGGGUUGGCUGGAUGGAGGGGUGGAUGAAGGGUGGACGGUUGGAAGGUGGAUGGAGGGGCUGUGGAUGGAGGGGGCUGGGGAGCGGUUGGAUGGAGGAGGGUUGAGUAGCAGGGCGGUUGGAGGGAGGGAAGUGACUGGAUGGAGGGAGGGAUGGAUGGAGUGA